CUUGCUCAAACCAUUCUCCCAGAUAGUCACAUCGUAUACUUAAUUAAAAGUGAUGUUGAAGCCUCCAGGGUUACACUUUAUUUCGCUUUUAGUUUUCUCUACUAUAUGGAUCCAGGGGUUUGCGGUUGUUGACCUCCACAAACAUUACCAAAAUAAUGAAACUUUCCAGGGAGAGAAAAUAAAAUGCAUUGAUGAGCUCGGAUGUUUUGGGACCGGUGGUGUGUUUUUUCAUCCUCUUUUUCGGCCUAUCGAUGUUCUCCCCGAUGACCGAGAAGUCAUUAAUGUCCAGUUUAACCUUUACACAAGAGAUCGUCCCAAAGACGAACGAGUGCUGAAAAGUUCAGAUAAAAAUUCGGUUCUUAAGUCUGAAUUCAGUAUAAAUCGCCCAACCAAGUUUAUUGUCCAUGGUUAUAUCGACAAUGAUCUAUUUGGACCCUGGAUGAAGAGUCUCAAAGACGAGCUACUUCUUAGAGGAGACUUCAACGUUAUAAUUGUUGACUGGAGUGGUGGAAACAAGCUACCUUAUUACCAAGCAACGGCUAACACUCGUGUUGUCGGGGCCGAAAUCGCUCUGUUAAUAUCAAGAUUAGAGGAAUGGAUUGGGCUAAAUCCAGAAGACUGCCACAUCGUCGGACAUAGUCUAGGCUCUCAGAUUUCGGGAUAUGCUGGUGAACGAAUAAAUAGAUUAGGACGCAUUACAGCUGUUGAUCCAGCCGAACCAUACUUUCAAAAUAUGCCAGUAGAGGUCAGGAUCGAUCCUUCCGACGCUCUGUUUGUUGAUGUGAUUCACACUGACGCAAAGACAAUUUUCUUGAUGGGGCUGGGAAUGAGCCAAGAAGUUGGACACGUGGAUUUUUUCCCUAAUGAUGGGACCAAUCAACCGGGUUGCAAAAAGGAUCAGAUUCUUUCCUUCAUCACUGAUGGUUUGUUAGAAGGAAUACGACGCUUCGUGGGCUGUAACCAUCAAAGAGCAGUGGACUUUUUUCACCAUAGUAUCAACUCUCACCGCUGUGUACCUGUGGGAUAUGUCUGUCAGGACUGGGAGACCUUCCUACAGGGUAGAUGCGCCGACUGUGGUGUAGAUGGGAGUCGCUGUGCCAUAAUGGGAUUACGGGCAGAGAAAUUCAAACCACACAAAGACGAUGGCAAAUCAGUGAAAAUGUACCUCAAAACAAGUGGAUCGUCUCCAUUCUGCUUGUUCCACUACCAGGUUAUCGUGAAGCUGUUCAAACCGAGUAAGAGCCGGGAUGAGCGGGGUCACUUGUAUCUGUCUUUGAAGGGAGAUGAAGGGGAAGUGGACUUCACUCUGAGCAACGAUGUGGAGGAGUUCUAUCAUGGGGCCCAGUACACCUACUUAGUUACAACUGAUAAAUAUAUUGAUGACAUCAUUAAGAUUGGCUUUAGUUGGAAACAUCAUUCAACCAUCUUUAACCCUCUAACUUGAAUACUGUUUAUAUUUUAGUUUGGAGG